GGCGGCAGGAGCGCGUGGAGGCUCGUGGCCGGCGGCGUCACGUGGCCGACAGCGCGCGCCGGGGAGGCUGUCGGUCGCUGGCUCGCUUGCUUGCUCCCUCGCUCCUUCGUUUUCCCGCGGCACGGCUGCGAGAGCGCUGGGGCCAGGGACGCCUGGCUGCUCUCUGCGGGAGGGCAGCUGCCGCCGAGGCCGAGGGGGAAAAGCAGCCUGAGGCCUAGCGGGGAAGGGGCGGGGCCCGAGCCGAGAGGCGGUGACAGAGACCGGGGCGGGGCCGGCCAAACAUGGCCGAAGCGCGGGGCGGGGACAGCGAGCCUGGGGACAGGCCGGGGACCAAGGGGAUGGGGCUGAAAUUGAAACUGGAGCCCGAGGGGGGCGGGUUGGAGGUGAAGUUGGAGCUGGCGGGGGGAGUGGAGGCCAAGGUGGAGUGGGACGGGCUGCAGAUCAAGGUGGAGGUGAUGGAGGAGCCCGAGGAGCUGGUGGAGGUGAACCCAGCGGGACUAGAGGUGAAGCAGGAAUUGAUGGAGGAGCCCGAGGUGAAAGAGGAAUUGAUGGAGGCAGUGGAGGUGAAGCAGGAGCUGGUGGAGGGAGUGGAGGUGGAGGAAGUAAUGGAGGGGCCGGAGGUGAAGCAGGAAUUGGUAGAUGACCCAGAGGUGAAGCAGGAAUUGGCAGAGGGAGUAGACAUGAAGGAAGAAUUGAUGGACGGAGUAGACGUGAAGGAGGAGUUUUUAGAUGGACUGGAGGCGAUGAAGGAGGUGGUGGAUCGGCUACAGGUGAAGGAGGAGAUGCUGGACUUGUUGGAGGAGGGAAUCCCAGGGAUGAGCAGAGUGGAGGUGAUGGUGGGAGAAAUGGGGACGGAGGAGGCGGUGGCGGCGGAGGAGACAGGUGCAGAUGGAACGGAAGUGAAGGAGGAGGAGGAGAUGAUAGAUGGGAGGAACAUCAAGGAGGAGAGGAUGGAGGUGAAGCUGGAGGUGAAGGAGGAAGAGGAGGGCGAGUUGGAGGUGAAAGAGGAAGAUGGAGUGGAAGUGAAGACAGAAGUGGAUGGAGUGGAGGUGAAGAAUGAGGGGCUGAAGGAAGAAGUGAUGGAUAGAGCAGAGGCCACAGAAGAACAGGAGCCACCAAGAGAGCCACGAGUGGGCAGCAAGCGGAAGCUGGCCUUGUCAAGCUGUGAAAUAUGUGGUAUAGAAGAAGCAAAGUACCGGUGUCCACGCUGCAUGAAAUGUUCCUGCAGUUUAGCCUGUGUGAAGAAACACAAAACAGAGCUUACAUGCAAUGGAAUUCGAGAGAAGACAGCAUUUGUUUCAUUAAAGCAGUUUACUGAAAUUAAUCUUCUAAGUGAUUAUAGGUUUUUGGAAGAUGUAGGAAGAUCAGCUGACUACAUUGCUAGAGAUAUUUUCUUGAAAAGACCCUCAACAAAUAGAAUUUUAAAUUACAUGAAAAACCGAGCACGGAGACACAAUAUUGACUUAAGAAUUUUACCAAUUGGUUUCACCAAAAGAAGAGAGAAUUCAACAGUGUUUGAUAGGAAAGAGCAGCGGUUCUAUUGGCAUCUGAAACUCCUGUUUCCUCAGAGCCAUGCCGAAUAUGUGGAAAAAGGAGUGCCUGAUGAUAAGAAACUUCAUGAAAUCUUAAGAACCUACAUUGAUCCUGAAAAAUCUGAUCCUGUAAUUCGUCAAAGGUUAAAAGCUUAUGUCUUUUCUGAGAGCGGCAUACAAAUUUUAAUGAAGAUUGAAAAUAUGCAGCAUAACUUAAUCAGGUAUUAUGAACUGGAUCCUUGUAAAAGUCUCAUAGACAAUUUGAAAGACAAAGUGGUGAUUGAGUACCCUACGUUACAUGUGGUAUUGAAAGGAUCUAAGAAUGACAUGAUAAUCCUCGGCCAGGAGAGAACUGAAUCCACUGAGAGUUUUGGCAGUGAAAAUCCAGUACUUUCUUCUGAGGAAGAAGGUGAAAUCCAAGAGAGUUCCUGAGGAGUAUGCAUUGGUUGUCUGCUUUGGGAAAGGAGCAGCAGCACCUUUGGUUUUGUUUGGGGUUUUUUACUUUUAAAUUUUAAAAGUUACAUUAAGAAUUUUUUUUUUCUGGCUCAGUUUUCAUGUUGAGGUGCCCAGUCAGUUUACAAGUUUUUUUCUUUUCCUUUGAUCAUCGUAGAACAAAUUUAUUCCCGUUUUCAUAUGCUUUGUAUAGCAGGCUUAUAAGCUUUGGUAUUUAAUCUCUAACCUUUACUUAGAUAUUUUAAAGCACGGCAACUCAGAUGCUUGCUAACCAGUCAAAGAUUGGUGUGUAAAGCACAUGGCCAAAAGAAUCUGGCUCCAUGCGGGUUCGAUUAUUAAUAUAUAUUGAUCCUGGAGCAAUAAUCCAUGUUUCCUUUUUUUAACUGCAUGUGUAUCUUUCCAUCUUGAGGGAAGGAAAAAGCAAUAUCCUAUAAUUGAGUAGUUUCAUCUGCAAGGCACCUAAUAUAAUCAAAUUGGGACUUUGGUAAAAUGUCACAGAAAGAAACAGCAGUUCCUGCUGUUUGAGCCAUCAGCGUGCUUGCUCUCCUUACUAGAAAUCGUAACUGUUUAAUGCCAUCUUCAUUUCCAUCACCACCGUAUGCUUCUUUCCUUUUAACUUCAUUAAAAUGUGUAGAGAGUGGUGGUUGUGGGUUUUUUUUCCCAAUUUAUUUUUUAUUCCUAGCAAUACCUGAAAAACUUGGAAUCUGUGCUGUAGAAAUGUACAUAUGUGUAUUUAUUAUACAGACACUAAAUUUUUAUCAUAUGGUAUCUUCGUAAGCCUUAUGAUUUCACUUGUUGGAAUUGCAAAAUUUUCCUAAUUUUACUGGAAUUUCUUAAGUUGUGAAAUGACUAUAGAUUAAAAGAUUAUUACAUCUGUA